AUGCUUUAUCUUAUUUGAGUUUUUUAUUUACGAAAUUGGUAUCUAGGGUUUCUAGCCAUAUUUUUGUGGAGGGAUUUUCUGGAGUUGUGUUUCUCUUGGUAUUUCUAGGGUUCUGAUCACAAAAUUGAGGCUUGGGACUUGGGUUAUGGAGUUUAUGGCUGUCUGGGUAUUUCUAGGGUUGCUAAACUCUCAUUUCGGUUAAUGUUUGUUAGUUCAUUUUCGUUAUGAUAUGGGAAAUGUGGUUCAUUUUACGGGUUUCUCGUGGGCUUAAUUUCACAGAGUUUAUGGGAAUGUUUUAUGAUUUUUUUCCUGAAUGCCGAUUCCUAUCAUCAAUUUGAAAAAGGGUUUUAGAUUUUCUGCGUGGUGUAAUUGGGCUUUUACAAUGCACCUUCAACAUUCAGGGUUUAAUCUUGCAUUUCUUGAAUCGAGGUUUUUAUAGCUUUGUGGAUGCUUAUUUUGAUGUUCCCCUUAAAUAUAAUUGUUUUGUUUUUCAAUUCAUACAUAGGACAGUUUUAAGUAUUUGGAGCAAGCUUUUAUUUCUACCAAAUUCACAUAAGUUUUACCUUUAUCGUUUUGAAUGGGAGACUAUAGUGUUUAAUAGUCAUUCCAUUCUACAACUUUUGCUAUGAACUGACAUGUAAGUAUGGAAUUUGAACCUGCAACUUAGUGGUUUAGACAGAGCUCCACAUGUCCCCUAGCCAAGGAGAAGAACCCUAAUUCCCCCUUUUCUUGUGGGAUUUUAAUUGGGAUCGGGUGUUCCAUGCCUCGAGGGAAUCCCCCUUUUUUUCCCCACUUUUUCUUUUCGAAUUUUAGUGAGGAUUGAAGAGCUCGGACACCAUUAUGUCAAGGAGUACGACCCACAUUGUUCUCUCUACAUUGUUCUCUCUGGUUUACUUUUUUGGGGAAUUUGAACUAGGAUUUAGGAGUUGCAAGAGCACUAGCCAAAGGAGAAAAACCCACUAUUUUGUCUUUUUCCCCCUUUUUUUGAAUUUGGAAUUUGAAUUAGGAAUUCUAGGGUUUUGGGCGUGCUUGGUAUGAAGUGCUUUCAUUUUUCUCCUGGAGAGAAGAAGGAAGGGGAUAGGACUAGCACUUCUAGGGUUUCAUGGAUCCAUUCAAACAAUGGGGAAGCCAGGCGAUCUGAGUUCGACACAAAUUCUGCUGAUUUCUCAGAUUCAGAUUCAGGUUUCUGUAGCCUUUCUCAGCGACCAAAUAAUCUUUAUGUCUUCAAGUUUUCUGAACUGAAAGCUGCCACAAGGGGUUUUAGCCGGGCUCUUAUGAUAGGAGAAGGGGGUUUUGGAUGUGUAUAUAGAGGGGUUAUAGAUGUUCCUGAUGUUCCCAGUACUAAGAUUGAUGUUGCAGUGAAAAAAUUGGACAAAAGUGGAUUUCAGGGGCACAAGGAAUGGGUCACUGAGGUAAACUUUCUCGGAGUGGUCAGUCACCCGAAUCUCGUCAAGCUAGUAGGCUAUUGUGCGGAAGAUGAUGAGAGGGGAAUUCAGCGGCUUUUGGUUUAUGAAUAUAUGCCCAAUAACAGCCUUGAGGAUCACCUAUUAUGUCAACCAUCAACCCCUAUCCCAUGGCCCCGAAGGUUAAAAAUAGCCCAAGAUGCAGCUCGUGGUUUAGCAUACCUCCAUGAGGAACUGGAUUUCCAGAUAAUCUUUAGGGAUUUGAAAACCUCAAAUAUUCUCUUGGACAAAGAUUUUAGGGCAAAGCUCUCAGAUUUCGGGUUGGCCAGGCAGGGACCACCAGAAGGAGCUGGCCAUGUUUCUACUGUGGUCGUGGGCACUGUAGGCUAUGCAGCACCAGAAUACAUUCAUACAGGACGUCUUACUGCUAAAAGCGAUGUAUGGAGCUUUGGAGUUGUUCUAUAUGAGCUCAUCACGGGGAGGAGGUCCAUGGAUAGGAAUCGUCCAAAAAGCGAGCAAAAGCUUCUCGAGUGGGUGAAGCCAUAUUUAUCGGACCCCAAAAAGUUUCAUAAUAUUUUGGAUCCAAGGCUUGAUGGGCAAUGUGAUGUUAAGUCAGCCCAAAAGCUUACUGCCUUAGCGAGCAAAUGCUUAAUUCGAAACCCCAAGUCACGACCAAAGAUGAGUGAAGUGGUCGAGAUAUUGGAUCAAAUUAUAGAAAUUGCAGAGGGGAGUGCUGAUCAGGCUGUUUUUAAGGAGACCAGUAGUGCUGAAACUAAUGUUGGUGAAGCAACUGAUCAAGAGAGAGAAACUGGGAAGGGGAGGGUGACUGAGUUUAUAGAUGUGGUGAAUGCUAGGAUUAAACAAAGCAGGUUGUUAGAUUGGAGGGGUUGGGGACCCGGUUUGGUGAGGACAUGGUGAUGUGUUAUUUGAGGGAGGGAGGAGAUUUUUUUUUUUAUAAUUUGGUCAAUCAAAAUUAUCAAUGCAUCAAGAUUGUGUUGUAGUCAUGACUUCUUUAUAAUUUUGUGAAUAAUUUGUUUUUCUGGUUUGUUAUCUA